ACAUACGGUCUAGCUGCGGGGUAUCAGUACUGCGCUGGUGAGCCAGCAACGGUAUUCUCUCUCACAAGGAUCGGAAAUCGACAAGAAAAUAGGACAGAAUCUACCAGUGCUAGGGAGGGCUCUUUGUUGAUUGAGUUGCUAAUUGAAGCAAGCACGAGUAAUGAGCCGGUUGGAGUAAAGAAACGAUGUUACGAGAAACGUGUUAGACAGCGAAAACAAACAGACCGCGCGACAUAGCGCUGUGUGAUAACCACUCCGAUGAUCAUCGCCGCAACAGAUCAUUCUCAUGAGGUGUCCAUCUAGUAUAGUGAUACAUAGAACAAAAUUCGCUGUGUAGAUUAGCUCGAUUGGUAACACAUGUUCGAGUUUGGCUGUAUGUGAACGUAACAGCAAUUUGGAGUGAUAAAUCGAAUACUUGACCAAAAACUUGGCCGUACUUGACCACUUCAUACGGAACGAGACCUUGGCCUGCAAUUGUCUACUUCAUUUUAAGAUGUUUGAGCUCUGACACCGUCCGAUGUCGUCAAACUUCAUUAACUGGACGUUUUAUGGGAGAGUGAUAAUCUCAACAAUGACUGGCAGGCGACCAUAACGCGGUGUAAUUGUUAGUUUUAAUGAAACCUGCUUAGCCAAUUAGCUAUACAAACACGUUAUCGGGGCAAUAUGGACGCCGUUUGUGAUAAACUUAAAAUUUAAUGCAAAUAAUCCCUGCUAAUUAGCCGCUGCGUCGUCGUAGUUUGUGUUUUAUGGUUAUCUAUGCCACUCAGCAUGAGGCUUGACCGUUGGUCACUCAACUUGCGUUAUAACAGAUGGAACGUGUGAGGUAGUAAGCCCGAGCACCCGGCGACCCCACCCUCCGGACACUAGACACUGACCAGAGGUCAGAUGCAAGUGAUGCUUCCAGGGGAAUCAUUCUCUACAACUUCUCACCUGUAAAAUCGGAGCAUCAGGCAGAAAUCGGAAGACUUCAGGAGUACCCCCACCUACAAGCGACAACGGGCAGGGAACACAUGGACUGAUAUACAGGCAGAGGUUUACAUGGACAAGGGAGCACUUUUGAACAAGUCGACCAGAUGACUUCGACAAAAUGUUGUCAUUUAAAUUCCCUUUGGUGCUAUUUUGUGUGUUUCUGACGAUUUUAACAAUUUUCGCAAAGGAUUUAAAUUAUCCCAUUCCAGAGGAGGAAUACCCUAACUAUUACAUUGGAAAUAUUCGGGAGGAUUUUAAUUUAUCUUCAUACUUCUUAACUGCUGAAUUGGACGAUUAUGAAACCUUGAAAUAUAGCAUUCUUUCUCAGACAACAGUUCCGGCAUCCUAUUUCAAUAUAAAUGAGUGGUCAAGUUCUCUGUUCACAAGUCAAAAACUUGACCGGGAGUCGCUUGACCAUUGUGAAUUCUCCACUGUCUGUGAGUUAGCCAUCGAUGUAAUUGCUAAGGGAAGUAAGAGUACUUUUUUCAAGAAGAUAAAAGUAAAUAUUUUUUUACUGGACAUCAACGACAACACUCCUACUUUUACUGUGAAUAGGACUAAUCUGGAAGUAUCGGAAGCAUUUGUCGUGGGGUCCUCUAUACCAAUAGAUGGCGCUGUCGACAGGGACAGUUCUGUUAACUCUGUUCAAAGUUAUAAUAUUUCGGAACGAAAUGUGCCAUUUUCUGUGAAAUUUGAUAAGUAUGUUGAUGGGAGUUCUUCCGUGAAAAUUAUUAUCGACAGUAAGUUGGAUAGCGAGACUAGGAAUUUCUACCGAUUACAUGUUUUGGCAAUAGAUGGCGCUGUUCAGCAAAGAACUGGUACCAUGACUGUGGAUAUCAAGGUCACAGAUGUCAACGACAAUGCUCCAGAAUUCAGCCAAUCGGUGUACAAUGUCACUAUAGGGGAGGACACUCGGGUUGGUCAGGUGAUCCUGAAGGUCACCGCCACGGAUGCUGAUUCCGGGGCGAAUGGUCAGGUGCUCUAUCGCCUCAGUCCCCACCAGCUUUCGGUCAUCCACACUUUCUUUGCUAUCGAUAAUAUCACGGGAGAACUCAGUCUGGUUCAACCACUUGUGUACGAACGUGGCGAAGUCUACCAGAUAUUUAUCGAGGCCACUGACAAUGCCACAAAGCCAAUCUUCACACAGGCCACAGUUUAUGUUAGUAUCCUCGACUCGAGCAACGAUCCUCCAGAGAUUAAUAUCAACUUGCUUUCAAACGCAGAUGUGGCCAAGAUUUCGGAAGAUGCCAACAUUGGUGCAGCCGUCGCUCAUAUUGGUGUAACUGACGAUGAUAAGGGAAUUAACGGAAUUGUAACUUGUCGGGUUCAGAGCUACUAUUUCACUUUGGACGCUAUCGGAACUAAUGAGUACAAGGUCGUUGUCCAUAAACCUCUCAACAGGGAGCUCAUGGAAAAACACAGGGUCAAGGUCAUAUGUGAGGACUCUGGAAGUCCAUCUCUGAACUCAACAGCUGAGUUUGAAGUGAAAGUUUUGGAUGAAAAUGACCAUGCGCCUAAGUUUACACAGCAGGUGUAUCGGCCGGACAUCGCGGAGAACAACCAGUAUGGUGCCAUUUUACUCAAAGUCUCAACCAAUGACUUUGACGCGGGAAUCAAUGCCGAGGUUAUAUACUCGCUUGUUCCGACAAACAACGACAAAUUUUCUAUCGACCCCGACUCAGGUGAAGUGUUCGUGAAUGUUCACCUUGACCGUGAAAAUGUAACCCAGUUAGAAUUUGUUGUCAUAGCAACAGAUAAGGGAAUACCCCCAAAAACUGGAACUGCAUCUGUUAGGGUCAGAGUGCUGGAUGAAAAUGAUAAUCGACCAAAUUUUUCAGAAACUGUUUACACAUUUUCAGUGAGAGAGAAUUUAAGUCCAAGAGUACAUGUUGGAACCCUUUCUGCUUCAGACCCCGAUGAAGGUCAAAAUGGAUCCGUAGAAUUCAUGAUGCUACCAGAAAUGUCGGGAAGUUUUCCAUUUAUUGUGUAUGGUAAUGGAUCUAUAUAUACAACACAAGUUCUCAAUCGGGAAUUACAGCCGCAUGGAUAUAACUUUCGAGUAAUUGCGUACGACCUUGGCUCCCCUUCACAGAACAGCACCUCCCAUGUGACAGUAUUUGUUGGUGACAUCAACGAUAACGGACCAGUCAUUGUCUUCCCGACGUUUGACAAUAAAACUGUCAAGAUCGUUUACAAUACAGGAACUGACCAUGUGAUCGCCAAGGUGAUUGCAUAUGACCCUGACCUUGGUGGUAAUUCUAAGCUCUCCUAUACAAUUUUAGGGGAUGAUUCGACAAACCCAUUUUACAUUGACGAAAACACUGGGGAGAUCUACUUAGCACAGCCCCUAGGGAUCUCUGACAUUCAAACUUACACUUUCACCGUCCUUGUGGAGGACAAUGGGAUACCAAGGAGAUCCUCCAUGCAAAACCUUACCAUCAUUGUCACAACCCAGGGGGGUAGUGGUGGUGACACGCCUUCUGACACAGACAACCUUGUCAUCGCUAUAGUAAUAACCUGUGUGACCAUUGUGUUGUCAAUGGCGAUAAUCCUGGUAAUCUGUAUAAUUAAACGGAUAGACAGACAAAGGAAAGCGAUGAAUAAAAGUGCAGGUAGUUCUGAUUCGGACGACAAGCGGAGGGACAUGUAUGAUGCUAUUUCUCGUAACGUUGACAACGACAGCCGAGACCGAGCAGAGAAAAAAGUGAGUUUCUCUGUGGACUCUGAUCCCAACCUCAUCAUAUCAGCAUCCGACACAAGCUCAAAGUUUCCGAACACAGCUCUUGGCGUGGAAGAGAUACUCGACAGAAUUAUGCCUCCACCCAAACCUGAGAGAGGGACACCAAGAGAAGACAACCCUGAUCCACAAUUCCAACAACAGCCCCUGUCCACCGUAGCUAAGCUUCAGCGACAUCAAGACUACCUCCAGGCCUGCGACAAACCAUCUUGGGGAAGCAAUCCUAAUCUAGAGGGAGAAAUGUACAAGAGACAGGAGGACAACCACAGUGAAACCUCUGGAGAGACAUCGACCAGUGAUAGCGGCCGAGGAGGCAGUGAGAGUGACAUACAGAGUAGUGGCGGUCUCUCUCACUGUCUAGAAUUAGAUUAUUUAAAAAAUAUGUAUACACCGUCCAAUUCACCACGGAAGGAUAAUACAUCUGCAUCAGGGGAUGGGGCUGACUCACGGAGAGUGCCCUCAAAUAGUGAAAACAGUGACCCACGGAGGGUACCUAAUCCUAACCACUUACAUUUUAAACAUGGCAACAUGUUACCUCCCAAAUCACGGACAGUGCAUCUCAACAGUCACAUAAACGGUUACCCCUCACGUGGGGGGGUCCCACACAAGGGGCGCGGCCCCGUCGUACACUGGCGGGGUGUUGCAGACUAUUUAAAUACGUCUAUGGCGACGAUCGAGGAUUAUGAUGAAGACGAUAAUACAACGACGUCUGGGAGUUAUGUAGUGGAAGAAGAUGAUUUACGUACAGAUAUGGCCGUCGGCAUGGAUUGUUUUGUGUGAUAGCAAGAACCGUCCAGAAUAUGUGACUUUGAAAGGCAAGAUGUUCGCUGAUACUUCCCAGUUUCGUGAUGUUUUUUUCUGAACGAAAUCCAGACAAUGGUGCCAAAGGAAUGAGAUGAUUUAGUCAUUAAAUGAUAACUAUUCCCACUGGUGUAGAUGUUGAAGACUGUUAGACUGUUACCUAGAAUUGGUAUACGUGAAUGUUUCUUGAGAAUGUGAGAGGAAGUGGGAAUGGCAUGCGAGAUUCUCGGAGGAUCCUUGAACGUGUUACUGUGUGUUAAGAGACCAAAGGACUUUGAGAGUGUUGAUGUAUGUAUGAAAAUAUUAUCAGUAUUAUACACAUGAACGUGUUAAAUGGCAGUAUGGAGUGAGGGGAUUCUUUAAUAAAACAAAGAAAAGUCAUGAUUUAAUAAUUU